UCGGGCGCAUAUGCCCUCUGCCUCCUGUUUCAGCGGCAUGUUCACACCUACCGCAUCCUCCCCGAUGAGGAGGGACUGCUCUCUGUCCAGACCAUCCAAGGCAUCCAGGCCAAGUGCUUCCGCACCCUCCCUGACCUGAUCGGCGCCUACCAGCAGCCCAACAACGGGCUGGUGACUCCCCUGCUCUACCCCGUGCACCGGGCGAGGGAGGUGGCCGAGGAGGACUCGGAUGGGGAGGAGGGCCGAGGCAGUGGGCACAUGGCAAACGGUGCUGGGGGAGGGGGCUUGUGGCGCAGCUCCCCAUUAGCCAGCCGGACCCACAUCUCGCAGCAGCUGCACCAGAGGCUGCAGGAACAGGUCCACAGCAGCCCAGCCAGCGACUUCAUGGGCUUCAUGGCCGAGUACCUGAAGCAUCACCUGCAGCUGGACCUGGAGGCGCUGCGCCACGGGCAUCCGCAGCUGCAGCACCUCAGCACCGCACUCGUCACUGCCUGCCGGGCUCUGCACAGUGAGAUCGACUUCACGCUGGCGGGCUUGGAGACACUGGCCAGGGUGUUUGACCCCCCUGCGUCCCCUCGAAGCACAGCCAGGGAGCAGGGUCUCCUGACCAGCGAUCCCGACCUCGAGCUGCUCCUCAACAAGAUAUCCACUGUCAACCAUCUCCUCUCGUCGCUGGAGAAGAAGGUGCUGAAGUCGCUGCAGGAGACAGUGUCGAGGCACAACCUGGCACUGCCCAGCGUGGCAGCGGCCCCCCCGCAGACAGCCAAGCCCCUGGCCGUGCAGAGAUUUGAGGUGAGGGCGGGGGGCAUGGUGGGUCCCUGGCAUCGCUGCUCAGGCAGGGCAAGCGGGUCCAACCCAGGACCUGUGUCCUGUCUGCAGGUGAAGGUGGGCAGGUCGCAGCGGGCAGCCCUGACCGUGGAUGUGGAGUCAGGCACAGUGGCCAUCAGCAAGAGGGGCAGCGGGUCCCCAGAGGAAACCAUCCCGCAGGACAAAAUCCUGCAGCUGAUCAAGUACCAGAGUGAGCAGAGCAAGGUGAGGCUGGUGUACAACCGGGAGCCUCAGAGGAGCCAGAGCAGAGACUUCGUCUUCUCCAGCGCGCGGAAGCGAGAGGCCUUUUGCCAGCUGCUGCAGCUGAUGAAGAUCCAGCACUCCAACCUGGAUGAGCCUGAUCUCAUCUCGGUGUAUGUUGGGACAUGGAACAUGGGCAGCACGCCACCACCCCGCUCCCUCGCCUCCUGGCUGACCUCGAGGGGCUUGGGGCGCACGCAGGAUGAGACCACUGCCUGCAUCCCUCAUGACAUCUACGUUGUCGGCACCCAGGAGAAUUCCCUGGGUGACCGCGAGUGGGUCGAGUUCCUCCGCGCAUCUCUGAAGACCCUGAUGGCCAUUGACUACCGCGUGGUCGCCCUGCAAUGCCUCUGGAGCAUCAAGAUCGUGGUGCUGGUGAAGCCCGAGCAUGAGCGGCGCAUCAGCCAUGUCCACACCUCCAGCGUGAAAACCGGGAUUGCCAACACGCUGGGGAACAAAGGAGCUGUGGGUGUCUCCUUCCUCUUCAACGGGACCUCCUUUGGCUUUGUCAACUGCCACUUGGCCUCCGGCAGCGAGAAGAUCCACAGGCGUAACCAGAACUACAGUGACAUCCUGCGCUCCCUGGUCCUGGGCGACAAGCGGCUCGGAGCCUUUGACCUCACCCUGCGCUUCACCCACCUCUUCUGGUUCGGGGACCUCAACUACCGCCUGGACAUGGACGUGCAGGACAUCCUUGCCCACAUAACCAAGAAGGAGUUUGAAGCCCUCCUGGCUGUCGACCAGCUCAACCUGGAGCGGGAGAAGAGCAAGGUGUUCCUGCGUUUCAGUGAGGGUGACAUCUCCUUCCCGCCCACAUAUCGGUACGAGCGAGGCUCCCGGGACAGCUACAUGUGGCAGAAGUUCAAGCCCACGGGGGUGAGGAUCAAUGUGCCCUCGUGGUGUGACCGCAUCCUGUGGAAGUCACACCCAGAGACCCAUGUGGUCUGUAAUUCCUAUGGCUGCACCGAUGACAUCGUGACCAGCGACCACUCACCUGUCUUCGCCACCUUCGAAGUGGGAGUAACAUCACAGUUUGUGCCCAAGAAAGCUCCCGGAUCGGGCCCCGAACCCGUGGCCUGCAUCGAGUGGGAGAGCAUCGAGGUGAUCGUCAAAACCACCAGCCGCAGCAAGUGCUACAUCGAGUUCCACUCCUACUGCCUGGAGGAGGCCCAGCGGAGCGGGGAAAACACUUCCCAGAGCUGCGACAUCCCUGGCUUCCUCAAGUUGAGCUGGUCUGCAAAGCAUCUGCCUGUGCUGAACCCCAUCCUCCCAGACCUGGAGUACCUGGGGGACCAGCACCUGCUCCUCAGCAUCAAGGGUGUGGAGAGCUGCGAGUCCUAUGGCGAGUGCUGCAUCGCGAUGAGGUCGAUGAUUGGCAGCAUGGCCCAGCAGUUCGAGACCUUCCUCUUCCACCGCGGCGAGGAGACGGGCUCCAUGCGUGGCUGGAUGAAGGUCCGGGUCCCCAAGGACAGGCGCAGCACCCGCGAGAGGCUCUAUGAGUGGAUCAGCUUUGAGGAGGAGGAUGCUGAGCCAGUGGCAGAUGCCAUGACGUGCCCCAAGCCACCCCUGCAGAGCCGGCCACGCAGCCUCCCAGAGCCAGCCAGCAGCUACACCAACCCAGCCUACUUCAUCUUCGAGGGGGUCCCCAACACGUGGGCACCGGAUCUGGGUGCUGACAAAGCACACAAGAAGCAAGCGGAGAGCCCAACCGGGGGCCAGCGCCAUCGGAGCCCCCUUGGGGUGCGGGUCCCUUCGCCCUCAAAGGAAGAGCAGUGGGGCAGCCAGCCCUGCUGCGUGCUGGGGGGCCCAUCCCAUGGGCACCUGCUCAGCCCCCCUGGCAUGGGCCGGCUGAAGAGGCCCAAAUCAGCCGUCCUGGCAAGAGACACACCAGGGCUGGGCGACUGCUCGCUGACGGCGCUGCACAUGGCUACGUGCCUGAGCCAGCUGGACCGAGUGUUCCCCGAGCAUGGAGGCGACAGACAGAAUGUCCUGGUGUGCCAGACCCACAGUGCCCUUGAGCCACCCCUGCGGCGCUGCCGGGAGGUGCCAAGGUCUGCACCGGAUGCUCACCAGCAUGGCCGCUCUGGAGAGCGGCUCUGCGACAGGGGCGAGCGGUCCCAAGAUGCCAGCAGGUACCUGGGCCACCUCGGCUUGCAACAGGAUGUGGAAGCACUGCAGAAGCGUGGCUGGGACCACCUGGAGAUGUUCAGGUACCCCCAGGCCCUGGAGCUCGGAAAGGGGGGCACUGCGCAGGCCAGCUCCUGUGGCCCUGGCGUCCCUGGCAGAGCCCCACACCCUGCAGGAGAGGAGAGAGACCUCACAGAGCGGAACCAGCUGGAGGCCAGGCUGCUUAGCCCGACCCAUCCCCGGCUUGUCCACAGCAACCUCGGCGAGGGCAGCGUG